UGGAGCCGCAGCCACAUCUCUCCUUCUCUUCUGCUCUGCCUGCCACAGGCUGAAAGGCAUCCUUUUUUUUUUUCCUACUCAGUGUCUCCUCAUCCAUUCGUUCCCCUCUGCCCGAACAAGCCUCGAUCUGUGACGGAUUGAGCAAAAAAGAGGACUGAGGACUAGAAACAGGAGGGGAGACAAUAAGACCUGCAGUCUCCUGGAAAAAAGGGGGAGAAAGGAGUGCAUCUUUUUUCCCCUCUGGUGUUUUUGUAUGUGGCGUUUGUCUCUGCAGUGUCACAGCUACACGUGUGCAAGUGUGUCGAUCCACGCCGCGUGAGCGUGUGUGUGUCUCUCGGGCUCCUGCUCUAUCUCUCUCUCCCUCUCCCUCCCUCUCUCUCCUCCUGUGCGGUGCUCCGGCACUCAGCGAGCGGAUUGUUCUUCACAGCAGACAGACGGAGAGAGGAGAAGAAAGGGGAACAAGAGUGAGGGGGAAACAACAGUGAGGGAAGAGGGCGGCAGGCAGCGAGGACUUUGUGGAAAGACAAGGUGAAAACAAGUUGCAAAAAAAAAGAUUGAGAAUCAAGAAGAGAGGACUCUUAAGGGAGCGGCGAGGAGUGGAGUGUGGAGGAGAGGAGAUAAGGGUAGAGGGUUAAUCAGAAAGAGAGACAAGUACGGAGCGAUGCAUCACUCAGGCAACACCGGACGAGCCAAGACCCUCUCUCAUGAGACAGGGGCAGCCAACCACCACAGUCAGACCACGCUACGGCCUCCACUGCCCCCUCCGCACAACCACCACACCUUAUCACACCAGUCUGCAAACAGCCUGAACAGAAACACCCUGAGAGGGGGCCGCAAUCCCAUCCACGCCCCCGCUCCAGGCCCCGGAGACGGGCCGACCACCCCGGAGUCGGUCCAGCUGCAAGACAGCUGGGUGCUCAACAGUAACGUCCCGCUGGAGACAAGGCACUUCUUGUUCAAGACGUCAUCAGGGACCACCCCUCUCUUCAGUAGCUCCUCCCCCGGUUACCCUUUGACCUCGGGGACCGUGUAUUCUCCGCCUCCGCGCCUGCUACCCAGAAACACCUUCUCCCGCUCAGCCUUCAAGCUAAAGAAGCCUUCCAAGUACUGCAGCUGGAAAUGUGCCGCCGUGACAGCCAUCGCAGCUGCUGCCCUGCUGGCAAUACUACUGUCCUACUUCAUCGCAAUCAACUUGCUGGGUUUGAACUGGCAGCUGAAGCCGUCCGACGGCCCGGUGUUGAACAACGGACUGGGAGCUGGCCUGCCUGUCAACAGUGAUGUGGCCACGCUGCCCUCUGGAGGCAGAGUUUCUUUUCCCCUCGCUCCAGGUCCGUGGGCAGGCAGGAACAGCAGUAUAGACGCAGGAAACAUCGAAGUCGGGAGGCGAGUGACCCAGGAAGUCCCUCCAGGAGUGUUCUGGAGGUCCCUGCUCCACCUCAGCCUGCCCCAGUUCCUCAAGUUCAACAUCUCCCUCGGCAAAGACGCCCUGUUCGGAGUGUACAUCCGUAAGGGUCUGCCUCCUUCACACGCACAGUAUGACUAUAUGGAGCGCCUGGACGGGAAGGAGAAAUGGAGUGUGGUGGAGUCUCCGGAGAGGAGGAGCAUCCAAACUGUGGUCCUCAAUGAGGCGGUGUUUGUCCAGUACCUGGACGCUGGUGCCUGGCACCUGGCCUUCUACAACGAUGGUCGGGAGAGAGAAACCGUUUCCUUCAGCACAAACGUCAUGGAUUCAGUGCAAGAGUGCCCGCGCAAUUGCCAUGGUAACGGAGAGUGUAAUUCUGGUGUGUGUCACUGCUUCCCGGGAUUCCACGGCAUGGACUGCGCCAAAGCGGCGUGCCCCGUGCUCUGCAGUGGCAACGGCCAAUACGACAAGGGCUCAUGUGUAUGCUACAGCGGAUGGAAGGGCCCUGAGUGUGAUGUCCCCGUCACGCAGUGCAUCGACCCUCUUUGCAGCGGCCACGGCGCCUGCACCGAUGGCAACUGCGUGUGCUCCAUCGGCUACAAAGGAGCAAGCUGUGCAGAGGUGGAUUGCCUGGAUCCUACGUGUUCCAACAAUGGCAUCUGUGUGAAUGGGGAGUGCCACUGUAAGCCAGGCUGGGGAGGGCUGCACUGCGAGCUGCCCAGGGCCCAGUGCCCAGACCAGUGCCACGGCCACGGGGCCUUCAUACCAGACACGGGACUGUGCAGCUGUGACCCCAACUGGAUGGGACCCGACUGCUCGAUGGAGGUGUGCUCAGUCGACUGUGGGACUCAUGGAGUGUGUAUGGGCGGAGCUUGUCGCUGCGAGGAGGGCUGGACCGGUGCAGGCUGUGACCAGCGUGUGUGCAACCCGCUCUGCAUCAAACAUGGAACCUGCAAGGACGGGAAGUGUCAGUGUCACCAGGGCUGGAACGGAGAGCACUGUACCAUCGACGGCUGCCCUAACCUGUGUAACGGGAACGGACAGUGCACCAUGGGGCAGCAGAGUUGGCAUUGUGAAUGUCAGACAGGCUGGAGGGGCCCCGGCUGCAGUGUUGCCAUGGAGACCUCCUGUGCAGAUAACAAGGACAACGAAGGAGAUGGACUGACAGACUGCAUGGACCCAGACUGCUGCAUCCAGAGUCCCUGUCAGAACAGCCCACUGUGUCGGGGCUCCAGGGAUCCUCUCACAGUCAUCCAGCAGAGCCCGGUGUCCCAGGUCCGCGUCCGCUCCUUCUACGACCGCGUCAAGAUGCUUGUGGGGCGAGACAGCACCCACAUCCUCCCGGGAGAAAACCCCUUCAACUCAAGUCUGGCGUCUCUGAUCCGGGGUCAGGUGUUGACUACAGAUGGGACCCCACUGGUGGGGGUGAAUGUGUCUUUUGUCAACUAUCCCCAGUAUGGAUACACGCUGACACGGCAGGACGGCAUGUUUGACCUGAUAGCUAACGGCGGCGCAUCUCUGACUCUGCGGUUCGAGCGCGCCCCCUUCCUGAGCCAGGAGCGCACAGUGUGGCUGCCCUGGAGCCAGUUUUAUGCUAUGGACACUCUGGUGCUUAAGACAGAAGAGAACACGAUCCCGGGCUGCGACCUGAGCGGCUUCGUCAGGCCUGACCCUCUUGUGAUUGCAUCCCCUCUCUCCUCCUUCUUCAGCUCCAAGCCAGGGGAGAAACCCAUCAUACCGGAGACACAGGUGCUGCAUGAGCAGAUCGAGGUGCCCGGCACAAGUCUGAAGCUGUGCUACCUAAGCUCCAGGACACAGGGUUACCGCUCCCUGCUCAAGGUGACCAUGACUCCAGCUGUGGUGUCCAUGGGGCUGCUGAAGGUUCACCUGAUGGUAGCAGUGGAGGGACACCUCUUCCAAAAGUGGUUCCACGCCUCCCCUAACUUGGCCUACACCUACAUCUGGGAUAAGACCGACGCAUACGGCCAGAGGGUGUACGGACUUUCUGAAGCUGUUGUAUCCGUCGGCUACGAGUAUGAAUCCUGUGCCAGUCUCAUCCUCUGGGAGAAGAGGACAACUAUUCUGCAAGGCUACGAACUGGAUCCCACCAGUCUGGGCGGCUGGUCACUGAACAAGCAUCAUAUACUUAAUACACGCAGCGGUAUCCUUCACAAGGGAAGUGGUGAGAACAUCUUUGUGACGGAGCAGCCACCAGUAAUGACCAGCGUCAUGGGAAAUGGACGAAGACGCAGCAUCUCCUGCCCCAGCUGUAACGGCCUGGCAGACGGCAACAAGCUUCUGGCACCGGUCGCUUUGGCAAUGGGCACUGAUGGCAGUCUUUAUGUCGGGGAUCUCAACUUUGUACGAAGGGUCUACCCGUCUAUGAACACAACCGGCAUCCUGGAACUGAGGAACAAAGAUUUCCGACACAGCAAUAAUCCGACCCAUAAGUACUUCCUGGCGGUGGAUCCAGUCUCUGGGGCUUUGUUCAUCUCAGACACCAACUCCCGCAGGAUUUACAAAGUCCGCUCUUUAACGGGAGGCCGCCUGCUGUCAGACAAUGCCGAGGUGGUGGCUGGGACGGGGGAGCAGUGUCUGCCCUUUGAUGAGCGCUGCGGUGAUGGGGGCAAGGCCACUGAAGCGACACUUAUGAGUCCCAAAGGUAUCGCAGUGGAUAAAAACGGCCUGAUGUACUUUGUGGAUGCCACCAUGAUCCGAAAGGUGGACCAGAACGGCAUCAUCUCCACUCUGCUGGGGGCCAAUGAUCUCACCGCCGUGCGGCCGCUGAGCUGUGACAACAGCAUGGACGUCAGCCAGGUUCGUUUGGAGUGGCCUACGGACUUAGCAGUGAACCCCAUGGACAACUCUCUCUACGUCCUGGAAAACAAUGUCAUCCUCCGCAUCACUGAGAACCACCAGGUGAGCAUCAUAGCAGGUCGGCCCAUGCAUUGUCAAGUGCCAGGAAUCGACUACAGCCUUAGCAAGCUGGCUAUACACGCGGCCCUGGAAAGUGCCACGGCCAUUGCUUUGUCACACACCGGCAUGCUCUACAUCGCUGAGACAGAUGAGAAGAAAAUCAACAGAGUGAGACAGGUGAGCACUAAUGGAGAAAUCUCUCUUCUGGCCGGUGCCGCCUCCGACUGCGACUGCAAGAAUGACGUCAACUGCAACUGCUUCUACGGCGACGAUGGCUAUGCCCCCGACGCUGGCUUGAACUCCCCCACCUCCUUGGCCGUUUCCCCUGAUGGGACGCUCUUCAUUGCUGACCUCAAUAACAUACGCAUCAGAGCCGUGCGAGCAAACCGUCCCGGCCCCGCUGUCUCCAGCGUGGGCUACGCAGGGUCUGCACAGUAUGAGGUGGCGUCGCCCAGGGAACAGGAGCUGUACGUCUUCAACGGGGAGGGGCUUCACAUCCAGACCAUUAGCCUGGUGACCGGGGAGCCGCUUUUCAACUUCUCCUACGGUCCUGAUGGAGAGCUGGCCACGCUGAGUGAUAAUUGCAACAACACGGUGAAGGUGAGGAGGGACGGCCAAGGACAAGGGGGUGCAGCGGGCCUGCUCAGACUGGUGCUGCUACCCGAGAAUCAAGUGGUGACCCUCGGACUGGACCCCACUGGGAGGCUGCGAAGUGUGUCAGCCAUGGGCCAGGAGGUGGCUCUGAUGGGUUACAGUGGCAACACAGGUCUCCUGGCGACCAAAGCCGAUGAGACCGGAUGGACCACAUUUUACCAGUACGACAGCGAGGGUCGCCUGACCAACAUGACAUACCCGACAGGCAUGGUGACGAGUCUCCACCGCGAGAUUGAGCGCUCCAUCAACAUCGACAUUGAGAGCUCCAGCAGGGACGACGAUGUCACAGUCAUCACCAACCUGUCCUCUGUGGAAGCCUCGUACACCGUGGUGCAAGACCAGGUGAGGAACAGCUACCAGCUGUGUAACAACGGCACCCUGAGAGUGAUGUAUGCAAAUGGUAUGGGCAUCAGCUUUCACACGGAGCCACACAUACUGGCCGGCUCGGUCAGCCCCACGAUCGGCCGCAGGAACAUCACGCUGCCCACCGACAACGGCCUCAACUCUAUCGAAUGGCGUCUACGUAAGGAGCAGACCAAGGGCAAGAUCACCGUGUUCGGGAGGAAGCUGAGGGCUCAUGGCCGCAAUCUUCUCUCCAUCGACUUUGACCGUAACACACGCACCGAGAAGAUUUACGACGACCACAGAAAGUUCACGCUGCGCAUCAUGUACGACGCUCAGGGUCGGCCGGCCAUGUGGCUCCCCAGCAGCAGCCUGGCCGUGGUCAACGUGUCGUAUUCCACCACCGGGCAGCUCGUUGGUCUGCAGAGGGGGAGCAUGAGCGAGAGGACCGAGUUCGACCCCCAGGGACGCAUUCUGUCUCGCUCUUUUGUGGACGGGAAGGUGUGGAGCUACAGUUACCUCGACAAAUCCAUGGUGCUGCUCCUGCAGAGCCAGAGACAGUAUGUCUUUGAGUUUGACGCCUCGGGCCGGGUCACAGCUGUCACCAUGCCCAGCGUCGCCCGCCACACCAUGUUCACGCACGUGUCAGUCGGCUACAUUCGCAACACCUACAACCCCCCGGAGAGCAACGCGUCCAUCAUCCACGACUUCAGCGAGGACGGCAGACCUCAGGCCUCGCACUUCCUGGGCACCGGCCGCCGCGUCCUCUACAAGUACGGCAAGCUGGCCAAGCUGUCGGAGAUCGUGUACGACAGCACCGCCAUCACCUUCGGCUACGACGAGACAGCCGGCGUGCUGAAGAUGGUCAACCUGCAGAGCGGGGGCUUCUCGUGCACCAUCCGCUAUCGCAAAAUGGGCCCGCUCAUCGACAAGCAGAUCUACCGCUUCAGCGAGGAGGGGAUGGUCAACGCCAGGUUCGACUACACCUACCACGACAACAGCUUCCGCAUCGCCAGCAUGAAGCCGGUCAUCAGUGAGACUCCACUUCCUGUAGACCUCUAUCGAUAUGACGAGAUCUCUGGAAAGGUGGAGCACUUUGGAAAAUUUGGAGUCAUAUACUAUGACAUCAAUCAGAUCAUCACCACAGCUGUCAUGACGCUGAGCAAGCAUUUCGACACCCAUGGGCGCAUCAAGGAGGUCCAGUAUGAGAUCUUCCGCUCACUCAUGUACUGGAUGACGGUGCAGUACGACAGCAUGGGGCGUGUCGUCAAGAGAGAGCUCAAGAUUGGGCCCUAUGCCAACACCACUCAGUACCGCUAUGAUUAUGAUGGAGAUGGACAGCUCAGUGGUGUCAAGGUCAAUGAUUGGUCUACUUGGCGCUACAGCUACGACCUAAACGGUAACCUCCAUCUGCUGAACCCCGGUAACAGCGCCCGCAUCCUGCCCCUCCGCUACGACCUGAGAGACCGCAUUACCCGCCUGGGAGACGUCCAGUACCGCCUGGAUGAAGACGGCUUCCUCAGCCAGCGGGGGUCGGAUGUCUUUGACUAUAACUCCAAAGGUCAGCUGCUGAGGGCCUACAACAGGGGCCCCGGCGGGUGGAGCGUCGUGUAUCACUAUGACGGGCUUGGCCGCAGGGUGUCCACCAGAAACAGCCUGGGAAAUCACCUCCAGUUCUUCUAUGCUGACCUCAACCACCCGGCCAGGGUCACACACAUCUUCAACCACUCCAGUUCAGAAAUCUCAUCGCUCUACUAUGACCUGCAGGGUCAUUUGUUCGCCAUGGAGGUGAGCAGUGGAGAGGAAUACUACAUCGCUUCAGACAACACUGGCACACCGCUCGCUGUCUUCAGCAGCAAUGGACAAAUGAUCAAACAGGUGCAGUACACUGCCUACGGAGAAGUGUACCUGGACUCCAACCCGGAGUUCCAGCUGGUGGUGGGUUUCCACGGCGGACUCUACGACGCCCUGACUAAACUGGUCCACUUCACCCAGCGGGACUACGACGUGUUGGCCGGGCGCUGGACCUCGCCCGACUACAGCAUGUGGCCCAAGAUAGGGAAGGAUCCCUCUCCAUUUAAUUUGUACAUGUUCAAGAACAAUAACCCUCUCAGUGACAUGCUGGAUGUCAAAAACUAUGUCACAGAUGUGAAGAGUUGGCUGGUGAUGUUUGGCUUCCAGCUCAGUAACAUAAUCCCUGGGUUCCCUCGACACUCGCUCUACUUUGUGGAGCCACCGUAUGAGCUGCAGGCCACACAGCACUGUGAGAACGGACAGCUCAUCACUGGUGUGCAGCAAGCAGCGGAGCGUCACAACCAGGCCUUCAUGGCCCUCGAGGGUCGUCUACUCGACAAGGAGAGGAGGAGACGCAAGGACAAACCUGGUCACUGGUUCGGCACCAGUACUCCCAUCAUAGGCCGAGGAGUAAUGCUGGCUCUGAAGGAAGGCCGAGUGGUGGCUGGAGUGUCGGCUCUGGCCAGUGACGACAGCCGUAAGGUGGCGUUGGUGCUCAAUGGCGCCCAGUACCUCGAAGGCACACAUUACACACAGGACGGGAAGGACUGUCACUACUUUGUGAAAGUGGGCUCCGCUGACAGUGACCUGUUGGCUUUGGGGCUGACCAACGGGCGCAAAUCCCUGGAGAGCGGCAUCAAUGUGACAGUGAGUGGCCGCUCAAGGAGAGGAGUGACUGUGGAGUUUGCUGUGCCCUCGUUGGUACUGAGUGUUCGGUACGGCCUCGCUGUCGACGUGGUGGACGAAGAGAAGGUAAGACUGUUGGAGCUGGCCCGGCAGAGAGCCUUGGCGGGGGCCUGGGCCAAGGAGCAGCAGAGGGCCAGGGACGGGAAGGGGGGCAAUCGCCUCUGGACUGAGGGGGAGAGACAGCAGCUUCUAACGACAGGCCGAGUACAAGGCUACGACGGCUACUAUGUGCUGCCUGUGGAGCAGUAUCCAGAACUGGCCGACAGCAGCAACAACAUCCAGUUCCUGAGACAGAACGAGAUGGGCAAGAGGUAACAGCCCUGAGGAAUAGACUCGUCCCUCUCUCCCACUCUCACUUCUCUAGAUCUCUGCUCCUUAGUCUCGCCCAGCCUCCUCAACCCUUCUCCUUUUAAAAAAACCCAAUGGAGAUUCAACCAACAUACGGGGUUACUCGCGGAACGCUGCAGGGACUUUUGAAAAGAAUGACUUAUCAGAAAAAACAUAUUGUUAAUUUUACUGCCACAGGCAAAAAAAAGUUAUCAUUUGGUCAAAUGGCUCUUUUUUGAGAAAAAAAAACAAAACUUUGAACAACUGAAAAAGCACUGAAGAACUUUAAAGAACUGUUGCUUAGCGAAUAAGAAGAUUCCCCUUUUUAAAAAAGAUAGUGAUAUUUUCGCCCAUAUUUUUUGGGUCACACUGAGAGCGGCCAUAACAGCUGCUGAUCACACGGUGGAGUUGUACGGCGCUGGCUCUCUGCAGUAAAGGCUUGUCUGUCUCUUAUAAACACUGAAGGCACAGGGACCAAAGUGAAGACAAAAGCUACUCCAGAGUGCUGGCAUUACGACUUCACAUCAACCGAGGACAUCAUAAACAAGCAACUGACAAGGCAAUGUGGAAAAGUCACCCUAUACUAUGAGUCGUCUCCCUGUCUCAGGCCUCCCAUCGUCCACCUCGGACCAGCCCGCUGCUUCUGAGGCAGCACACAUCCAACCAAGCAACACACAAGCUAACAGCAGAAUGAAGCGAUUCAAGCUGUUAAUGGACUCCAAAAUAAAACUUUUUAAAAAAACAAAGUCAAAAAAAGUGAUGGCUAUAUUUGUGGACAGUGGUGUCACACAGCAUUGUUUAUUUUGAAAUGGGGAGAAGAAUCAUAUUACUACAUAUGUGUCCGCCUACACUAAAUUUCAGGAUGUUGCGUAUACUGUAGAUGCCGUAGUUUUGUACGUUUCAGUCGCGGUAGAAUUGUGAGACUUUCACCAAGGCACUUCUGUACAGAACGAUUCAAACACACAACUCACAGAGUCCGGACAACAUGCUCAGUUUAGUAUUUAUUUUAUUUUAAACUUUUUUUAUUUAUUUAUUCUUAGUACUAUAUGACAAUCAUGAAUGAGUCACCAGUUCUAUUCCAAAUGAACAUAAUGGAUGAGUUUAUUUUCUUUUGUAAAAUAUGUAUGAAAUGUUCAUUUUGUUUUUGUAUUACUUUCAGUUUGCUGCCAGGGCAAAUAAUAGUCACUCUCAAAAAGAAUAAUUUAUGUAAUAAAGUGUUUUAACAAAAAAAACGGUUUAUACUUUAAAUAAAGUCUUUAAAACUGUGAAAUCUGUUUUUUCGAAAUAUAUUUCAAUGUACAGUGUAUAGACCUACCUUUAUGCAGCACAGUAGAAUAUUGUCAAGAAUAUCGAGUUUUAUAUUUCUAAGAGGAAGUGGCUUGUAAUGUGCAAAAUCUUUAGCUGGUCUUACUACUCUAGAGUUUUGUGGCACUCUAAUAUUCCAUAUCUACAAUAUCAAUCCCCAGUUUGUUGUUUUUGACUGUUUUUUGGUUUGGAAGCAGAGAUGUUUCUGUCCUAGAUCCCGACAGCAGUAGCAGUAAUGGAUCCUUCUCACUGUGAAGAGACUCGUGCUGGAUGUCAUAUUGUACCAAAUCAGUAUUAUCAAAGGAUGAUUCUUAUACAUUCACUGAAACGAGACUCUUCUGAGAACCUUAUCAAUAAAACAUAAUUGUUUACUUCAAAUGA